AUUUAUAAUAAUUUAUUAUAGAAUUCUAAACUUAUAAAAACAUUAAUAAAAUUGAAAAUUUACUAAUUUUAUCACAGUGUUGUUAGUAUUCUUUAAGUCCUUUUCAUAUUUUUCACCAAAUAUAUGUUGAAAAGAAAGAGAGAAAAAUAUUUCGAUUUUUGGAAUUAAUUAAAAGUUAAAUUUACAUCAAGUGUCACUGACCUAUUUCCAAACACAACACUGUUUCUCACUUCACUCACUGCACUGCUUUCACCUCCGUACGGUGUUUCCCUUCCCCGUUCGUGGCUUCAUCUGCUUCAUUAAUAUUACGCCGACUCCCUUGGUCUUUUUUCUUCUAUAGGUAUGCUGCCCUGUUACCUAUUCUUUGUAAUGUUGCUAUUUUUUAUGCACACAAAAACAGUAAUAGCCUUAAUUUGAUGAUUUAUUUGUUAAGUUACUGUUUUUUUGGGAUUUCUUUGUUACAUCACAGUUACUUAAGUUUAUGAUUUGGUGAUUGUAUGCGUAUUACUUAUGUAAUUGGGAUUAUGAGAAGGGUGUUAAUGAAGUCAACUUAUGAAACUUUUAUCAUUGACGGCUAAUUGAAAAUAUUGAUAGUUUACGGUUUUUGAUAGGUCUAAAAUUGGUGAUCUUGUGAUAGUUGUGUUAUUUCACCAAACUGGUUAGUUAGUUUUUCUUUUUCUUUUUUUAACUAAGGUUUGGUUAGAGUUGAAAUUUUUUAAUGUAUUGGGAACAUGCUUUAACUUCAAAUUAUUGGCAUUAAGUUUGUUUUUAUUUUCUAGGAGAUAAUGGAAAGAUUUUAAGAAGAAAUUACAUUUGAAGAGGAAAUUAUCAUCAAAUGAGCAACAAUCUAAUUCUCAAGGUGAUUCUUUCUUGGUGAUUCUUUCUUCCCCAAACAUGGUUGAAUACUUGAGGCGUUCAGCAACACCCGCGCCACCAUUCCGCAUUUCAACUCCAACUCUGACCUCUGCUGGCUACUAAACCUCAUUCAUCUCCACCCAAAUAUUCCAACAACACUAUCCCUAUUUCUAUCCCUUAACGUCGUAAUAGGUUUUCCUCUCCCAAACAACACAUGAAGAGAACAACAUCAAUCAACAUCAUCACUUAUCUCCAACGACACCGUUUCAAUCAAUAUCACCAUCUUCCACUCACCGCCGCACACUUCUCAACAACACCCCGUCCUUUUCCUGACUACUCCCCUAAAACGCCUUCCAUCUCAGACUCCGACAUUAUCCGCCAUGUCACCACUACCAUCAAACGACGUCGUUCCGAACCCCUCACCCGUGUUCUCAAACCUUACCAAUCUCGCUUCAAAUCCAACCAUCUCAUUUGGGUUCUCAUCAACAUCAAAAACGACUACAAACUUGUUCUAAACUUCUUCAACUGGGCGCAAAAACCGUUCAUCACUUUGGAAUCACUCUGCAUUGUGGUUCACCUAGCCGUUUCUUCAAACGACAUUGAAACCGCGAAACAACUCGUUUUUGAGUUCUGGACUACGCCGCGUUUCGAUGUUUCCAAGUCGUUUGAUCUUUUUACUGAGAAGUUGAUUUAUACUUAUAAGGAUUGGGAUUCACACCCUCUUGUUUUUGAUUUGUACUUUCAAGUGCUUGUUGAAACUGGGUUUGUUUCACAAGCUGAGAAGCUUUUUCAUAAGUUGUUGAGUUAUGGUGUUGUUGUGUCUGUAGAUUCUUGUAAUUUGUUUCUGUCUAGGUUGUCUUGCAAUUUCCAUGGUUUGAAGACCGCAGUUAAGGUGUUCGAUGAAUUUCCUGAAUUGGGUGUUUGUUGGAAUACUGUUUCAUAUAAUAUUGUUCUUCACUGUCUUUGUCAAUUGGGUAAAGUGAAAGAAGCACAUAACCUGCUUGUACAAAUGGAACAGAGAGGGAAUUUUCCUGAUGUUGUAAGUUAUGGUGUUGUUGUUAGUGGGUAUUGUGGAAUUGGUGAGCUUGAUAAGGUUUUGAAACUUGUGGAAGAGUUGAAGAGAAAGGGAUUGAAACCUAAUGAAUACAUUUACAAUAAUAUAAUUGGUCUUCUUUGUAAGAGCGGCGAAGUAGUUGAAGCGGAGCGAGUGUUGAGGGAGAUGAGUAAAUGCGGCGUUUUUCCUGAUAAUGUAGUGUAUACUACUCUCAUUAGUGGUUUCUGCAAGGCUGGGAAUUUUCCGGCUGCGUUCAAACUGUUUGAUGAAAUGAGGUAUAAGAAAAUAGUUCCUGAUUUUGUUACAUAUACUUCUGUGAUUCAUGGGAUUUGUAAGAGUGGAAAGAUGGUAGAAGCGCGCGAACUGUUUAGUGAAAUGCUUGUGAAAGGGAUGGAACCGGAUGAAGUUACGUAUACUGCUCUUAUUGAUGGGUAUUGUAAGGCUGGUGAAAUGAAAGAGGCUUUUUCUCUUCACAACCAGAUGGUUCAGAAGGGUCGGAUUCCAAAUGUUGUCACUUAUACCACAUUGGUCGAUGGCCUUUGUAAGAAUGGAGAGGUUGAUGUAGCAAAUGAGCUUCUUCAUGAAAUGUCAGGAAAGGGACUUCAACCAAAUGUCUACACGUAUAACACGGUUGUUAAUGGUCUUUGUAAGAUAGGAAAUAUAGAACAAGCGGUUAAACUUAUGGAAGAAAUGGAUAUGGCAGGGUUUUAUCCCGACACUGUUACAUACACAACACUCAUGGAUGCAUAUUGUAAGAUGGGGGAAAUGGCCAAGGCUCACGAGUUGCUGCGGUUUAUGCUCGAUAAAGGACUUCAACCUACAAUUGUUACAUUCAAUGUGCUCAUGAAUGGGUUUUGCUUGUCAGGGAUGUUGGAAGAUGGUGAAAGGUUAAUCAAAUGGAUGUUAGAGAAAGGUAUAACGCCAAAUGCCACGACGUUCAAUUCUCUUAUGAAGCAGUACUGCAUUAGAAAUAACAUGCGUGCAACUACCGAGAUUUACAAGGGUAUGCGUGCUCGAGGAGUGAUGCCCGACAGCAACACCUACAAUAUUUUGAUUAAAGGGCAUUGUAAAGCUAGAAAUAUGAAAGAGGCAUGGUUUCUUUAUAAAGAAAUGGUUGAACAAGGAUUUAGUGUCACUGCCACUUCCUAUAAUGCUCUUAUAAGAGGUUUCUUUAAGAGGAAGAAACCUGUGGAAGCUAGGAAGCUAUUUGAGAAGAUGAGAACACAUGGUUUGGUUGCUGAGAAAGCUAUUUAUGAUAUUUUCAUCGAUGUGAACUAUGAAGAAGGGAACUGGGAAAUCACUCUUGAGCUUUGUGAUGAAGCAAUAGAGAAAUGUCUUGUCAAAGAAACAUAGCUGACUUUUGUAUAACACCAAUUUUUGUCUUCAUAAAGAGAAUACACUUGACUUUUAGGAAUUCUCAAGGUUAUGAAAUGGCGAAAAGGUUCAACUCUAAGUUUACACAUUUAUCACCUGUCUGGUAUGAUUUAAAGAGACUAGCUUAGUUCUAGAGGGGAGACAUAAUGCUGACAGAGGAUGGAUCUCAGAGCUUAAAAAGACGGGAGAAGCUCUGAUUUUGCCAAGAUUUGU